CCCAGUUUCGAGCCCCGUGGGACCCCGAGGCCCCCAGCCAGCGCCAGCAUGCAGAACAGUCACAGCGGAGUGAACCAGCUCGGUGGUGUCUUUGUCAACGGGCGGCCACUGCCGGACUCCACCCGGCAGAAGAUCGUAGAGCUAGCUCACAGCGGGGCCCGGCCGUGCGACAUUUCCCGAAUUCUGCAGGUGUCCAACGGAUGUGUGAGUAAAAUUCUGGGCAGGUAUUACGAGACUGGCUCCAUCAGACCCAGGGCAAUCGGUGGUAGUAAACCGAGAGUAGCGACUCCAGAAGUUGUAAGCAAAAUAGCCCAGUAUAAGCGGGAGUGCCCGUCCAUCUUUGCUUGGGAAAUCCGAGACAGAUUACUGUCCGAGGGGGUCUGUACCAACGAUAACAUACCAAGUGUGUCAUCAAUAAACAGAGUUCUUCGCAACCUGGCUAGCGAAAAGCAACAGAUGGGCGCAGACGGCAUGUAUGAUAAACUGAGGAUGUUGAACGGGCAGACCGGCACCUGGGGCACCCGCCCGGGUUGGUAUCCGGGGACCUCGGUGCCCGGGCAGCCUGCGCAAGAUGGCUGCCAGCAACAGGAAGGAGGGGGAGAGAAUACCAACUCCAUCAGUUCCAACGGAGAAGAUUCCGAUGAGGCCCAAAUGCGACUUCAGCUGAAGCGGAAGCUGCAGAGAAAUAGAACAUCCUUCACCCAAGAGCAGAUUGAGGCCCUGGAGAAAGAGUUUGAGAGAACCCAUUAUCCAGAUGUGUUUGCCCGAGAAAGACUAGCAGCCAAAAUAGACCUACCUGAAGCAAGGAUACAGGUGUGGUUUUCUAAUCGAAGGGCCAAAUGGAGAAGAGAAGAGAAGCUGCGGAACCAGAGGAGACAGGCCAGCACCACGCCUAGUCACAUUCCCAUCAGCAGCAGCUUCAGCACCAGCGUCUACCAGCCAAUCCCACAACCCAGCACGCCCGUGUCCUCCUUCACCUCGGGCUCCAUGUUGGGCCGAACAGACACGGCCCUCACGAACUCCUACAGCGCCCUGCCGCCCAUGCCCAGCUUCACCAUGGCGAAUAACCUGCCUAUGCAACCCCCGGUCCCCAGCCAGACGUCCUCGUACUCCUGCAUGCUGCCCACCAGCCCUUCGGUGAACGGGCGGAGUUACGACGCCUACACCCCACCCCACAUGCAGACACACAUGAACAGUCAGCCCAUGGGCACCUCGGGCACCACGUCCACAGGACUCAUUUCCCCUGGUGUGUCAGUUCCAGUUCAAGUUCCUGGAAGUGAACCUGAUAUGUCGCAAUAUUGGCCAAGAUUACAGUAAAAAAAAAAAAAAAAAGAGAGAAAGGAUAUAUGUUAUUUCCAUCAGUGACUGUGGACAUGACAGUUGGGCGUUCAGGAAGGAGAGAAAAAUGGCUGUUAGAAGCACUUCAGUUCUGCAGUCGUGUCCUUAUUGUGACACCGGGGACAGACUCGAAAGAAGGACCUUUGUGUACAGAAGGCACGGUAUCAGUUGGAACAAAUCUUCAUUUUGGUAUCCAAACUUUUAUUCAUUUUGGUGUAUGAUUUGUAAAUGGGCAUUUGUCUGUUAUAAUGAAAAAAAGAACAACGUAGAUUGGAUGGAUGUUUGAUCUGUGUUGGUCAUAAAGUUGUUAAAAAAAAAGGAAACCAUGACCAACAAGCUUUGCCACAAAUUAAGAGUUUUAUCAAGAUAUAUUGAAUACUUCUACUCAUCUGUUCAUAGUUUAUGGACUGAUGUUCCAAGUUUGUAUCAUUCCUUUGCAUAUAAUUAAACCUGGAACAACAUGCACUAGAUUUAUGUAAGAAAUAUCUGUUGGUUUUCCAAAGGUUGUUUAACAGAUGAAGUUUAUGUGCAAAAAAGGGUAAGAUAUAAAUUCAAGGAGGAAAAAAGUUGAUAGCUAAAAGGUAGAGCGUGUCUUCGAUAUAAUCCAGUUUGUUUUAUGUCAAAUGUAAGUAUUUGUCUUCCCUAGAAAUCCUCAGAAUGAUUUCUAUAAUAAAGUUAAUUUCAUUUAUAUUUGACGAGAAUACUCUAUAGAUGUUUUAUACACAUUUUCACGCAAUCAUACGUUUCUUUUUGGCCAGCAAGAGUUCAUUGUUCUUAGAUAUAGUUGUAUUACUGUUCACAGGCCAAUCACUUUGUGCAUCUAGAAUUCAUUCCUAAUCAAUUAAAAGUGCUUGCAAGAGUUUUAAACUUAAGUGUUUUGCAGUUGUUCACAACUACAUAUCAAAGUUAACCAUUGUUGAUUGUAAAAAUCAUACC